GUCCAAGGUUAGCUUGAUGUUCGAAAAGUUGAAAGAUUCGUUAAUGUUUAUUUACGAAAAUUUAGAAUAUUUAUGUACAAACGUCGAAUGCAUUUUAUCGAAUGAAUUGAGUAAUAUUUUACUUUUUCCUUACAAAGCUUUGUGAUGUUUUCCCCAUGCUGGCAGACCAUGUCAAAGUGCUCUUUUUCGGAAGCCCUGGAGUGCCGAUACGGGGAGGACCUUGAAGAGGAGAGCUCUCCCGAGAUCUUUCUGGUGGGCAGCUUUCCUGGGAGGUCCAGCCCAACUAGUGGGAGACUGGUACUGCCUCGGACCCUAACGCUCAACCGCUGCGGAAUUGACUGCGCCGGAUCGCACAGGAAAAUCGAAGAACUCUGCGGAAAAGUAGAGGAACUAGAUCUAGCACAGAACUACCUCUCCGAUCUCAGUGAAAUUGAUGUCUUGCUGCAGCACAUGCCUAACCUAUCCUUCCUGAACCUGAGUCACAACGACCUGAGUGAGGCCAUGCUCAAGCCCCUCACUCACAUUGAGAGCAUGAAGAGUCUCGUCCUAAACUGCACCCAUGUACCCUGGGAUAUUGUCUGCGGCUUUCUGGAAGCUAUGCCAAACCUCCAAGAGCUUCAUCUGAGCCUGAACGACUACACCUCGGUGGGGCUGCCUCCCGAGUGCCACUACCCUAACCUGAGGCAGCUGUACCUGUGUGGCAGCCGCUUGUCCUCCUGGGAGGACGUGAUGAGGCUGGGGGAGGCCUUCCCCCACAUGGAGUGCCUGGUGGCCGCAGACACCCCCCUCUCCCGCAUCCCCGAGCCCCGGGGAUGGGAGGACCGCUUCCCCCACCUCCAGACCCUCAACCUGAACAACGCUCCCUUGGCAGAGUGGACGGACGUUGACCGCCUGAACGCCUUCCGCAAGCUGGAGGACGUGCGGCUGCAGAACAUGCCGGUGCUGGAGGACCUGAAUGAGCCGGAGCGAAGGCAGCACCUGAUCGCCUACCUGCCCUCGGUGGAACGACUCAACGGAAGUGCCAUAACCCCGAAAGAGAGGGAGGAUGCAGAGAGGGCCUUCAUCAGGCACUUCCUCCACCACGACCCCCAGGACAGACCCAGGAGGGUCUCCGAACUGGAGGCAGUGCAUGGGAAACUGGCCCCCUUGGUGGACGUGGACUUGAGUCCGAAGAAGACGGCACAAGUGUUUGUGAACUUCUGCGAAGAACAAUCGGUGGUGACUGUGAAUCUACAGCAGUCGGUGCAAGAACUGAAGCACUCGCUGAGUGAGCGAUUCGGGCUACGGCCGGCCCGAAUGCGCCUCUUUUACCUGGACCAGGACCUGAAGGAUGCCCACGGACCAGACGAGCUGCGCUACAAUGGCCGCAAACUCUACAGCUACCAGAUACGAGAUGGAGAUGAGCUGCUCAUAGUAUGUAAAGUUUAG